GUUUUUUGCCACGAUUUAUGAGCAAGACCAGUUACCAUUUUAAGAGGUGAUACUGCGAUUCGUCGCGAUCGGCGAUAUCUGAUGGUCCUAUUGGUCACGGAAUGACCAAGGCUAAUUACUUUGUCCUGGCCUUAUCAGCAUUAUCUUGGCUUAUCUCAAUUCCGGUGUGGGAUACACCAUAUCUCUAUCUUUAUCAGACGCUAGUGCCAGUGGAGUCCUGCCCUCGUUGUCCAUCGCGUGGGGCCGAGAACAGGAUAUUGUAUCCACCCGACGACAUUGCAUAUCUGCCUGUUAACAUUCUGAUUGUUACUGGCCGUAUAUGGAACGACUAGCGGGUUUGCUAUUACCUGCAAACCGAGUCAGCUACCCCUAGGCUCGGCUUGUCGAUACACGCGAGGCAUAUGCCGCCCUGGCAAUUUGCGC